UUGUCUAGCAUUUUUAAUCAAAAUACACACGUUAUCCUCUCUGCCCACGGUAGACGACAUGAUCAUUCCGCCAUAAAGAUAAAAGCAGAAACGGAUGAAUACCUGAAAAUUCCUGAACUCCAAAAGCAAUUCCUCAUCAGUCCUCCGGCUUCUCCUCCAGUUGGCUGGGAACAGUGCCGUGAAAACCAGCCUGGCUUUGAUUUCGAACUGCUUGCCCGCCUCGCCGGAUUGAAUUCAGCGGAGGUUAUGAACGAGGUCGUACCCAUGAAUGAAAAUUAUCCUGCUAUCAAAGUGUUUCCAUGUAGAGAAGACGGAGACACGAUUUUAAAGCCAAAAAUAAAAGCGACCCGUCGGCCAGACAGCUAA